AACAAGUUGAAAACAAUUAAAAAGAUUUGUAAAAGGCUUGCGGCGAGAGAAAGAAAAAAUCGAGAAAACAGCAAGACAACAAUAAAAAGUUGUUUGCUGGGUUUUAUAGGCAAGCGGCAUUGCUGUAGAGUGUAAACAAGGUUUAAAAAGUGUUCAAUUAGAAAAAAAUUUAUAGAAAAAGAAAUUGAAAUUAAAAAAAAUAAUACAUACAUAUAUAUAUGCAAACAAAUCAUUUGCUAUUGCUGCAGUUAUUGAAAUUAAGAAAUUCAAAAAUAAAAUUAAAACAAAAAUUUUAUCGGAUCCCGAAUUUACAUAAGUGACAAACAUCAGCUAACAGCAAAAAAAUGGCUCAAAAUUCAGAGAAGAAAAAACCCCCAGCUCCCAUAACACGGAUACCGGAAGCUCCCAAUGUCGAUGAUCACAUUAAAAAGGAAAUACCCACCAGCUACUUUCAGUCUUUUAUUCAUCUGCUCAAGGGCAACAUUGGCCCUGGACUCUUUGCCAUGGGCUUUGCCUUUAUGCAUGGCGGUCUGCUGGUGGCACCCAUACUCACCGUACUCAUAGCCUUGGUGUCCAUACACUGUCAACACAUGCUGAUAAAUUCCUCCAUUAAAAUGAAGACUCUAAGAAAUGCAGAAAAAUAUCCUGAUUUUGCUGAGACCAUUGAACAGUGUUUUGAAAUGGGUCCCACGGCCACACAGAGAUUGUCGAGGACCAUGAAAAUGCUGGUGAAUCUAUUCAUUUGUGUGACACAAUUGGGUUUCUGUUGUAUCUAUUUUGUGUUUAUCAGCACGAAUGUGAAACAGAUUUUGCUUGCCUAUGACAUACACCUAGAUGUCCAUUAUGUUAUGCUUAUUACCUUUGUUCCCAUUUGGCUUAGUUCCAUGAUAACCAAUCUCAAGUAUUUGACCCCUGUAUCGUUUAUAGCCAAUAUUUGCAUGAUAUGCGGUCUAAGCAUCACCAUGUAUUAUGGCCUUAAGGAUGGCCUGCCCGAAAUCGGAGAUCGCAAACUCUACACCACACCCAUGGACUUGGCCUUGUAUUUUGGUACUGCAAUUUUUGCCUUUGAGGGCAUUGCCUUGGUUUUGCCUUUGAAGAAUGCCAUGGCAAAUCCACAUAAUUUCGAUAGGCCCAUGGGAGUGCUGAAUGUGGGCAUGUUUUUUGUCACCCUAAUGUUUAUGACAGCUGGUUUCGUUGGCUACAGCAAAUGGGGAGAUGAUGUAGCUGGAAGUUUAACCCUUAAUCUGGGAGAUACAAUAGGUGCACAAAUUGUGAAGGCAAUGGUAUCGAUGGGAGUAUUAUUCGGUUAUCCUCUACAAUUCCAUAUAGCCAUACAGAUAAUGUUACCAACUGUGAUAGAGACAUUCAAAUGUUACAAUCAUUCAUUGGCGGCUAAUUUAACAUUCAGGACAUUUAUGGUGGUGGUAACAUUGGGCAUUGCUGAGCUGGUUCCCAAUUUGGGUCUGUUCAUCUCACUCAUUGGCUCGCUGUGUUCCACCGCUUUGGCCCUGGUCUUUCCCCCCAUCAUUGAGCUGAUUGUGAAACGUGAUAUUUCGAGUACCUGCUCUAGAUAUAUGAUGUAUCUAAAGAAUACCAUUAUACUAGUAUUGGCCUUUGCUGGCUUUCUGGCCGGCACCUAUGAAAGUCUUUCGGAGAUAAUCAAAGAAUUUGGUUCGGAGGUGAAAACAACCGACUCAGUUCUGGUGGAUUCGAAUUCAUGAAAAUAUCCCAAAAUAGACCAUAAUCACAUAUCCACAACAAUAAAAAAACAAAAAACGAGAGAGACAUCAUCAACUUAAAUAAAAUAAUUCAAAUAUUUUGUUA